GAACUCCAAAAGCCGCGUUUCCGAAGGUGUGCCCACCCCCGUGUGGGCGGAGAGACGAAGUCCCACCCACCUGGCAACUAAUCUGUUCCCGCUGUCCCCCGGGACCGGCGACGUCCCAGGGGACCCACGAGGGAGCGGGCGCAACGCGUGGCUGUGGGUGGGAGCCAUGGACGCCUUCAUCCGAGUCGCCAACCAAAGCCAGGGCCGGGACCGACUUUUCAGAGCCACUCAGCACGCAUGCAUGUUGCUUAGAUAUUUGUUAGAGUCUAAAGCUGACAAAGAGGCCGUGGUACUGAAGCUCAAGAGGCUGGAGACCAGUGUGAGCACUGGCCGUAAAUGGUUCAGACUGGGCAACGUGUUCCAUGCCAUCCAGGCAACUGAGCAGAGCAUCCAAGCCGCUGACCUCGCGCCCCGCUUAUGCCUGACAUUAGCCAACCUCAACCGCGUGGUUUAUUACAUCUGUGACACUGUCCUCUGGGCGAAGAGUGUGGGUCUUACCUCUGGAGUCAACAGAGAGAAAUGGCAAAGGUGGGCGGCUCGCCAUUACUACUACUUCCUCUUGCUGAGCCUGGUCCGGGAUCUGUAUGAGAUCUUGCUGCAGAUGGGACAAGUUGCACGUGACAGAGCAAAGAGAGAGAAAUCCUCUCGGGACCCUCCUAAGUACAGCGUGGCUAAUGAAGAGACUGAAUGGCUCCAGUCCUUCCUCCUCCUCCUAUUCCAGUCUCUAAAGCGACAUCCUCCCUUGCUCCUGGACACCGUGAAGAACUUCUGUGACAUCCUGAUCCCUCUGAACCAGCUUGGGAUCUACAAGUCCAAUCUCGGCGUGGUAGGACUUGGAGGUCUCAUAUCCUCUUUGGCUGGUCUCCUCACGGUAGUGUAUCCUCAGCUGAAACUGAAGGCCCGCUAGGGUGUUUGGAGGCUUUAAGGCUAGCAGUUCAGUGGAACAAACAUUUGGUUUUGUCCCAAUGUUUACUGUGCUUAAUUUAAAAAAAAAAAAAAAAUCAUGUGAGCACCUUACCAUCCUAUGAGCAGAGGUAGGACCAGCAGUGGCGCAUGCUACAGUAACUUCAUUUCUGUUCAGGUAACAUUACUGAGCAUCUUUUAUGUACAUAGUAAGAGCCUAGUGUUGCUGGACAAAUAAAGAUGAAAAGGAGAGAAACCAUGAAAGACCCAAAGAAACUAGAAUUACAGAUCAGGUUGCACAGGUCCCUGAUUCCACACAAGCACACCAGGGCUGAAGCACAGCACUCCCAGCUCUGCUUAAGUUUUCCCUUUUCUCCCAUCUGUUAUUAUCCCCCACUCCCACGGGUGUCAGGAGUGAGAUGGAGGGGAGCUGGGCUCAGCGCCUGUUAACCUGCUGGUCCCGGUCAUUGCUGCAGUCGUGUCCUGACCAUGUCCAGUAGCCUCAGAAGAACAUCAGUGCCUCUGGGGCGGAGGCUGUGUCCACAGGUAGAAGGCUCUCGGUAAUGCUAGGAGCAAGCAAGAGCCACAGAAGGGACCAGAGGUGAAAGCAGGUGGGAGGUCACCGCGGCCUGUUAUGUCAUCCGUCACAGAUAAGGACUAUGACAGUACAAAACAAAGCUGAUAGCACAGAUUCAUUGGGAGACUUUCCAGGAUGAUCCGCGUGAUCUCGUUACCUUCAGCGGUCUUCCCGGGCUCAGAGCCCUUAGCCCCUUAACAUGCCCCCGAGUCCUGGAGCUUCAGUUGAUGGUUUCUGUCCCAGUCUAUGAAAUGCAAAGCAAUCUAGACUCACCCAGGUUGGUUUGAUUUAGCUACAUAACAGUUUAUGCAAUUCCACAGUAAUUUUUAUCAAAAUAAGAGAAUUAAAUUUUUUCUGUCUAUAGAUGUAGGAACGUCAGUUUUCUGUGACAAAUCUGGUUUUCUCAGGACAACUGAGAGGGACAGGAAAGAGCAAUAGGGCCAGUGGAGGGGUCGUGGGGACACCGGGUCAGUGCAUUUGCCCGUGUUCACACUUCACGGUUCAGUCUUCCUGUCUUGAGUUUGGUUGGUUUAGGUGUGUGGUGUGGGAGACACUGGCCAGCAGGCGGGUCAUGUCUACUAAGUGGAAAUGAGAACUAUGCACUAAGCAAUUGUUUCCCAUAAAUGUGAAGGUGAUUCUUGAAAAGUGGACUCAGGCCCUUGGCAUUCUCUACUUUUAAAAUGAUAAUGUGCUUUGAGAAGACUUUGGGGGCGGGGGUUGAGAUUAAAGUGGCUAAAACAAGACAAAUACCAGCAAAUGCCUAUUUGCACUGUAACUUUAAUUAUGUCUAAUAAAUUUCUAGAUAAAAUUG